AUGAGGACCCUGGUGAUCCUGCUGGCAGUGUUGGUAGUUGCUGCCGCCAGACCUAGGGUCUAUGAUGGAGUGCCCAGUCCGACGCCGUGCGUGACAAAGGAGAAGACGUCUGGAGUUGCAGACCCAGGAGAGAAACCUGCUGCAGGCAGACAAAAUGAGCCCACCACACCAUCCAGUCCAGAGGUGCCUCCAGCAGGAAAACCCACAGUCUCAGUUCAGGUGCCUCCCUUUCCUGCUAACCCAGAGACAUCCACGGCACUUCCUGUCUCCCUGACACCAGCAACCCCUAAGAACGUGGAUACUUCCAGUACCGUCCAAGUACUCGACAAGCCCACAGUUGUGUCACCUGGAUCCUUACCCCUCGUCAACUUUCUACCUAAUAACCUGCCCAUCUUUCCGAGCAUGUACUACCCUUCAAGUAUCUUCAAGAGUUCCCACUUUCCCUUCUACCCCGUACCUAGCAGUCUUCCCAUAGGCGAGGACGUGUGUUUUACUUUUGGCACAACUGUACUCUGCUUCCCUUUCAGUGCUGGCUUCCCCUCCCCGUACUUUCCUCUCAGUUCUGUUCUUACGAGACCCCAGCAGGGUUUCCCAACAACAGACCCAGUCACCAGUCUGUCGACUGCUGGCGCCUCCUUUGGCAACGUGAUGAACACUGCCCAAGGUUCUCUUGUGACUGUUCGGCAUCCCGUGUAUGCAUUCGCUCCCGAAUAUUCCUCAGUCAACGAUCUUAGUAAGACGAUUCUGCUGGCAGUGUUCGCAGUUGCUGUAGCCAGACCUCAAAUCCUUGAUGAUGUGUCCAGCACGACGCCGCACGUGCCAAACGUGAAGACAUCCGGAAGUGCAGACCUUGAGGACAUAUCCCUUAUCAACGUUCCGUCUAGCCAGUUACCUUUCUUAUUACCCGUUGAACACCUUCCAGACCAUUAUUACCCGUUGAACACCGCCAAAACAACCCAGUUACCUAUUUACACUGCACGUAGCAAUCUUCUCUUUAGCAGUGGGGACACAACUUUCCCAUUUAGUACAUCUGCACUCUGUUUCCUUUCUGACAUCAGCGUCCCAUACACGUAUCCUCCUCUGAGCUCCUUUGUUACGAGUCCCCAGUAUGGCUUCCCAAUAAGAAACCCAGUUACUGGUCUGUACGCUAUUGACUUCUCAUCUGACAACGGCGGUUCCUUCGGCAACGUCAUGAAUACUGCACAAGAGGCAGUUAUGGUUAAUCGGCCUUCCAUCUAUGUCUUCGCUCCCGAGUAUCUGUCAUUCAACGAUGUUCGUGAGACGAUCCUGCUGGCAGCGUUUGCAGUAGCUGCAGCGAGACCUAACAUCCUUGAUGAUUUGUCCAGUGCGACGCCGCACGAGACAAAUGUGAAGUCAUCCGGAGGUGCAGACCUUCAGGACAGAUCCCUCAUCGGCGUUCCAUCUAGCAACCUACCUGUCUUUCCGAACCCUUAUUACCCGUUCAACAUCGUCAAGACUACCCAGUUACCUAUUUACACUGCACCUAGCAGCCUUCCCAUUAGCAGUGGGGACACAACUUUCCCAUUUGGUACAUCUGCACUCUGUUUCCUUUCCGAUGUCGGCGUCCCAUACACGUAUCCUUUUCUGAGCUCCGUUGUAACGAGUCCCCAGUACGGUUUCCCAAUGAGAAACCCAGUUACUGGUUUGCAGACUGUUUUUGUCUCACCUGACAACAGCGGUUCCUUCGGCAACGUGAUGAAUACUGCCCAAGAGGCAGUUAUGGUUAAUCGGCCUUCCAUUUAUGUCUUCGCUCCAGAAUAUCUGUCACUCAACAAUCUUGGUGAGAGAAUCCUGCUGGCAUUGUUCGCAGUUGCUGCAGCCAGACCUAACAUCCUUGAUGAUGUGCCCAGUGCGACGCCGCAGGUAUCAAACGUGAAGACAUCCGGAAGUGCAGACCUUCAGGACAGAUCCCUCAUCGGCGUUGCAUCUAGCAACCUACCUGUCUAUCCGAAUCCUUAUUACCCGUUCCACACCGUCAAGUCUACCCAGUUACCUAUUUACACUUCACCUAGCAGCCUUCCCGUGAUCCUGAGUGCAGUGCUCGCCCUAGCCGUCGCCAUUCCUGUCGACGCUGAAGUUGAGUGUGAAACAUCGGCCGAAACAUCCCGCGCUGUCAGCCUCGAGGAUAAGGCAGCCGACAGUGGAGAAAGUAAACCUGCCGUAAUAACCUUCGGGAAGCCAGGGAUGACAGCAGCCGCCGUCACAGAGACGCCAGGUGUCAUCGAGGGUGGACCAACUGCUGUACCAGCGACUUGGUCUCCAGAAGCCAUCACCUUCGGGGGCGUUCCAGUUCGGCUUCCAGCGCAAGGCCCCGCAGCAGCACUCAGCUUGUAUCCAGACACUUUUAGCUUUGCUGGUGUCCCUGUUAAAAUUGCAUCUUCAAGCACAUUAAAAGAUGUGACCAACUUUGGUCAAAUCCCUCUGCCCGUCAUGUCAGCUGGUCGUAAUUAG